AUGGGAAAUAGCCCGUCCAAAAAUGAACCCCUACCGAGAUCCUUAAAUUCGAAUACAACAAUAAGAGGAGGAAAUGGCACAGGCGACUCCACCGCUUCCGCCGUGGGUGGAAACAGUGAUUUGGAUCCAGAUGAUAUAGCCCUUGGGCUGUCUAUAUCAUCAAAUAAACUCCAGAUUCCACCCCAGAAUCACGCAAACAAACCUGCCGUGGGUGCAGCUGCAGCAUCUGCAGCUGCUGCGACUGCUACAGCUACAACGACUGGCACUGUUGGUGGGAAAAGCAGUCAGCACGCUACUUCUGCAGCUAUCGAAAUCAAAGGUGCACGUCCAAAUUCAGAAGCUGAUCGUGCUCUAGGCUUACCUCCGACAAGCAAGAAAAGCCAAGCUGCGAGAUCAAUCAACAGCGUCAGUGGUGGCAACCACGUGAGUACGAGUAAGUCGAGGUAUUCGCCUGUGCAAGACGUCACUGCGGAGCUUGAUGCUGAAAUAGGCACGUCGAUGGCGAAAUUGUUGAGGGAGCAGCAAGAUGUUUCUUCUUCAGUGGACUCACUGGAAGGAUCUGUUUCAUCUCCAGUGUUUACCACGAUUGGUAGUGAUUUAAAGGAUACCGACCUGCUCCUGUCUUUGAACUCAAGUCCUGGAAACUUCUAUGCCAACGGCAACGGCAAGAGCCUUUCAAGUUUGGAUCAUCAAGAUGCUGCAACAGGGGUUGUAACUCGCUUGGACUCUAUUGCAGAGAAUAGCCCGUCUUUCGAAACCGUUCCUCAAGUGAAAAGGCUUUCCAAGGAAAACUUGAGGAUACUCAAUACCGAGUCUGUUACCAACAAGUCUACUGCCUCGAGAUUAACUAGACCCCCGUCUUCGGCUUCAGCUUCGACUUCGGCACUGUCGAUCCCUACAAACAAGAAGCUAGAGGUGGACAUUGACGGUAUCAUACAAAGAUUGUUGGCCACAAAGAAGCGCUCGAGUCUGCGCAGGGCCAAGGACAGGCUUGACGUCGAUACCAACGACAUCAAAUACAUCUUGGGUAAAAGUCGACAAAUCUUUUUAGAUCAGCCCACCUUGUUGCGUCUUUCACCGCCAGUGAAGAUCGUGGGCGACAUCCACGGCCAGUUCCACGAUCUCAUCAGAAUUUUCAAUUGUUGCGGGUACCCACCUCACUCAAACUACCUAUUCCUUGGAGAUUACGUUGAUCGUGGAGAAAAAUCGUUGGAGACCAUCUUGCUUUUGCUUUGCUACAAGAUCAAAUACCCUGAAAACUUUUUCAUGUUGCGAGGCAACCAUGAGUCGGCAAACAUCACCAAAAUCUAUGGCUUUUACGACGAAUGCAAAAGAAGAUUGAAAACACCCAAGUUGUGGAAAAACUUUGUUGAUGUGUUCAACUCGUUGCCAAUUGCCGCAACCAUCAACGAGAAAAUUUUUUGUGUGCAUGGCGGUCUAUCGCCAGAGUUGGAAAGUUUCAAGCAAAUCGAAGACAUCAAGAGACCAACCGACGUUCCCGACCGAGGCCUCUUGGCCGACUUGUUGUGGUCUGAUCCAGAUGCGCUGGUGAAGAACUUUUCACUAACGAACUGGCCAAAGAACGACCGCGGGGUCUCGUACUGUUUCGGUAAAAAGCAUGUCGACUAUUUCUGCUCCAAGUUCAAGUUGGAGUUGGUUGUGAGAGGCCACAUGGUUGUGGAAGACGGCUACGAAUUCUUCAACAAGCGAAAGUUGGUUACUGUUUUCAGUGCCCCCAACUAUUGCGGCGAGUUCAACAACUUUGGAGCCAUCAUGAGCGUCGAUAAGAGCCUAUUUUGCUCUUUUGAGUUGAUCAAGCCAACUUGA